AUGGCAUCCGCUCCCAGUUGCAAAAGUGUGGCCCCGUUGCGGCAAAGUGAUUUUAGUAUCGAGCACAUCCUAACGCGUGCCGGCGAGCGGUACGAGAAACGUCGUCGGAUCGAUCAGUGCAGUAGCUGCUGUACCAGUAGCCCCGGUAGUGACGGUUCCGGAAGUGAAACUACCGAUGGCGAAUCUCGGUUACGUGCUGAUGUGGACGUGGAAGGAGACGAAGAGCUAGAAGAGGAAGUUGAAAUUACUCACUCGAGAACGGAGGCACCGGUGAUCGGUGCCGGUUAUCUACCGACGGGCGCAGCAUCCGGAUGUGGAGCUGGUGGAGUUCCUUCGUUCGAUUGGCUGUACUACACACGUUACCAUCCACCGAAGCUUCCUCGUCCGCAGAAGAUAGGGCCGGUAAAGCGUACCCCGGGAAGAUUACCACGCGUUCCAUUCACACCCGCUCAACUGGGUGCGCUGGAGGAUGCGUAUAAAGUGUCGACAUACCUUAGCUCGGAAGAAGCCAAUCAGCUCGCCUACAGCCUAGAGUUGACAAAUACGCGCGUGAAAAUUUGGUUUCAAAAUCGACGGGCGCGGGAUCGGCGCGAAAAACGGGAAGCUUCGAUUGCCAACGGAAGUACGGUUCCGGCUGGACCGAUACCGCUUUACGCUGGCAGUGCGGGAUCGAUGGCGGUCACGUCCAGCGCUACUCACGUUCCGGAAUACCGAAGCCAUCCCUCGUCGCCAUCCAGUAUGGAAUGUCCUACUGAACGGAACAGUAGAAGUCCUGCUAGUGCAGAUCGUAAUUAUUAA